GGCCAAAUUCUAGUUUCUUCUGUAUCUUCAUUCUCCUUCAGGCGGAGCGUAUUCUCAGCGUCUGUUAUAAUACCCCGUGAUCCAUUGCCAUACAUCUCUGCUCUGUCUCAUUCCUGGCCUCUUGCAGACCACAGUCUAGCCACCCGCUAUUUUACACUUUUGUAUUAUCGAGGCAGUUUUCACUCCGGGUUGUUUGAUUUCUUGGUCUCGUUCACAUUCUGCUCCUUCUAGUUUCUCUUUUCUUUUCUUCUUGAAUCUGGAUCGUAUUCAGUGACAGCAGAAGCAUCAUGCACACCGUCUUUUGAUUUUUCGCUGCUCAUUCGUUGGAAAUUUCACAAAUCACCUGAGGGUCUUCCUUGUGGUAAAGCUCAAAUCGUCUCAAUCGCUGCCCUUGAAGGUUUCGAAGAAGCAAUAUGACAAACCAACGUGGUUAUGUGCCACCAGCUUACAUUCCUUUGGGACAGUCAGAUUCAGUGGAUGCAGAUGCUUCUCAGCAUCAGCUCAUUGAAGAAAAUCGUAGUAGAAAUGGAUCAAAUCAGAUGCAGACUCAGUGGUCUUCUGGGAUCUGUGCUUGCUGUGAUGAUAUGCAGAGCUGUUGUAUAGGUCUUUUUUGUCCCUGCAUUCUUUUUGGAAAGAAUGCAGAGUUUCUGGGGUCUGGAACUUUCAUGGGAUCAUGCCUAACCCAUUUUAUAUUGUGGACUCUCGUUAAUACUACCUGCUGCUUAUUAACUGAUGGCUUGGUUUUGGGGUUACCUGGAUGCCUUGUUGCAUCAUAUGCUUGCAGCUACCGCAGGACCUUAAGGUCAAAGUAUAAUUUGCCGGAAGCACCUUGUGGAGAUUUUGUCACCCAUUUUUUCUGCCAUAUGUGUGCCGUUUGUCAAGAGUACAGAGAGAUUCGUGAGAAAUCUGGCGAUUCUGAAGCUAUGAAGUUGACUGUGGUCACGGCCCCACCAAUCCAGAUAAUGCAGUCAGAUUCAAAGCAGUAAUGUUACAGAGCCGGAAUCUCUCUAUUGACUUAUCCUUUUCCCUUCACUUCCCUACUCAUAACCAUUGACAUCAUUGCAUUAAGUAAAUUUGCUUUUAGCUAUAGUUUUGAUGAAUGGUUAUGAUUAAGGAAGUGGAGGGAGAAAGAUAAUGAAGACAUGAAAAAGUUGUCUGUAAUGCUACUCCCUACACUUGUAGGUGGCUUCACAGCAGUGGAGAGCACGCUGCAAAUCUGAACUGUUGAAUUGGAUUUGAUAGUUUUUAGAAGUAUAGAUAAAUAAUUUAUACAAUUGAAAUUUUUAGAAGUAAAUUUGCUUUUAGCUAUAGUUUUGAUGAAUGGUUAUGAUUAAGGAAGUGGAGGGAGAAAGAUAAUGAAGACAUGAAAAAGUUGUCUGUAAUGCUACUCCCUACACUUGUAGGUGGCUUCACAGCAGUGGAGAGCACGCUGCAAAUCUGAACUGUUGAAUUGGAUUUGAUAGUUUUUAGAAGUAUAGAUAAAUAAUUUAUACAAUUGAAAUUUGAUCUGAAUAGUUUAGAUUUGUAGUGAAAACGUGAUGGAGAGAAAUCAAGUCCACUUCACAUCCUGCUAUCUCCUCUCUACAAUGUAUGCAUAAUAAUUUAUGAGAGAUGCAAGCUUAACUGAGGUCUGCUAUUACAAAAUCAUUAACCAUCGUUAAACUGUUGCUUA